UCCUCUAUGGACAACCAUCUUGAUCUGGUUUUCUCUGUCAAAGGAUUGUACAGAAUCUUUGAUCUUGUCAGCGAGCAGGGCAGCGGCGGCCCGGGUAAUGAUUUUACUUCUGAUAACCCGCUCCAACACUUAUAUAUACUUUCCUCAGUCGACAAGGUUGUUAUCUCUCAAAAUUCGCUGAAGGCUUUCAUCGAUAUCGUUUGUCCUGGCGCGUAUGUAUCCAUAACGAAGGUUGAUUUCAAAGCGUUGGAUCAGUAUAUCGUGAAACCCGUGGGUGUGUAUGGAAGCAAAGAAGAGAUUGUUCGAUUCCUUUCAGAGCUUCGGGUCGUUGACGCCUCCUUGGCUGCACAACUACUUGCAGACCCGAGCACUGCUGGUCCAACGCAGCCCACUCUUCGAUCAGGUCUCUACUUUCUUCGACCAACGGAACAGUAUGGUCAAACGGAACAAAUCUUCGUCGUAUAUUGGCCUCAGGAAAACACGUGGGAUGACUGCGCACCCUCCCAAGUCCGCCAAAAUCGUGUGAUCUUCAUGAGAUACCUUACAAAGAUGUGUGACCAGGUCAUUGCGUUGAUUUCUUCCGCGCAUGCGCGGACUAUUGUCUGGAGUGACGGGGAUGAAGAUAAUGCGCGAGAUAGAAUCAUUAACUGUGUUGUGGACAGAAAGACUGAGGAAGAAUCUGUGCAAGUACGAGAAGGCUUUAAGGUUGCAUCUGGGCACAUCACGUAUGCAGACUCAGCAUUAGAGGGAUCCGUGGAGCAAGGCCCAACGAAACCAUUUUUGCUCUUUGGGGAGACUGCUCAAGGUUUUAUGACUAUACACCACCAGCCUGCUGAGCACGUAUGUGAUGCUUUCAUGGCGCGGUCCUUUACAACUCUGCAACUAGAAGGUUACCUCAUGUUUGAUCGUCUUUGCCUCGAUGAAUCCUUGGAUGAUAAAGCACUGGGUAUACUAAUCCGCAGUGGCUUGAAGAAGCGUUUUCCUCCCGAGUGUGCCAAUUGGGCACAUGGGUUCAGCACCAUUGACGCCGAAUGCAAGAGAAUGAGAACGGGAGAAUUGGCAAAAAUGAGGGCCACUCUUGACAAAGAAGAAGAAAGCCUAACUUCAGCAACCCACGAGGCUGUCGUGGAUAUAGUUUUGAACUUGUAUCCUUUUCUCGAACGAGAAUCAUUCCCCUAUUCCAGAGUGCGUUCACUACCCGCAAACACGAAAAGUAUUCUUACACCAUAUCUCGCAGUGCCCUUUCGGGAGAUCGUUUCGACUUAUCCCGGAAUCAAUGCAAGUAAAAGUCAGCACGAUGUGAUUGGGAAAGCUGGUACGAAAGAUAGAUUUACAGCAGCCCGUACCAACCAGCCCUCUGAUAACCGUUCUGCGUCAGUCAUCUCCAAUCUAAGAGAAGACAAGGUUCCCCUCGUAGAACGUGCCGUUAGCUACGCUGCCUCAGUCUUCUCUAAUCCAAGGGAAGAUAAAAUUGCCUUUAUGGAUCGUGUUCUUAGGGAAGCUCUUAGCAAAGCGAACGACAUCUCGGAUAGUCGCUUCUUAAAGGAAAUUGUCAAUGCAGAAGUGAUCCAGGAGGAUCCGGAAUUGAUACGCCUGGUCCAAGAAGCAAACAUGAAGUUGCAGCUGUCCUUAGCCACCACGAUUUCCCGUGUUGUGAAGAAACUCGUUACAUUUGUCAGGCACACUCAGGAGGAGAUAAUGAUGCAAAGAAUCAAAGCCGCUGCUAAAAGCCGAGAGGAACAAGAGAAGCGCAAACUUAGAUUACAGUUGAUCCGUCAUGUCAACAUUGUCUGCUUGGAUGGCCGUUCAUCAGACAUACCCUCUCCAUUGAAUCGGUCGAGAGUAAAUCGUAUUACCCGUCACAAUACAAAGUCACGGGAACCCAUGACAUGUUUUACAGUUCAUAUUAUGAGCCUUACGGAACAAGACAAACACGGCUUACAGCUGGACGCAUCCAUCAUUCCUUCUCCUCACUUUGGCUUCAAGUAUGAAUUUAGGUUAGCCCAGGGUUAUACCGUUUCGUACGCCCGUGCGCAGUUACUCGAGGGAGAGAAGCUACUGCUGAUUGUCACAGACCAUAUUGGAAAUUUGACGGUUUAUCUCGAUCGCCUAACCGCUGUCGAUGCAGCGAUUACACGAGGGCGCGGAAAAAUUUUGAACUGCGAGAAGAUCGGACAAGAUUUUCUUCUUGCGUUCGAUGAGUCCAAGCGGAUGUUGAGCAUCGUCUGUGCCGACAAGCUAUUACUGCACAUCUUCGUGUACGACGACACGCGAGGUUUCCAAGCGUUAGGAAGUUCUAUUAACUUGAACGCAUGGUACAAUGAAGGGAUAUCCAUCCGUCAUGCGUGCUUUGUCAGUGGCAGUGAAGAGCUCCUGCUCGUAGAUUCUCAAGCCCAGGCUAGGGUAUACUCCCUAGUUACGAUGCAGUUUCGACCCGCGACAUUGAACCUCCAUCACGUCCCGUCGAGCAUACAUUCGGCACCAGACGGGUCGUGUGUACUGGUUUCUCAUGAGCUUGGAACUGGCCACACGUUGACUGCGUAUCACUGGGAUUCCUUUGGAUCGACAGAAGGCAUCGAGCUUAACGUGCCCAGCCUUCCAGUCGGCGAGCCGUUCGUGGUCACAUCACUAGUCUCCAAGUCGACCGUUCACCUUUUGUGGCUUGACUUUUCUGCUCGGCGAUGUCAAUCUUAUGCGUUGGACAUCACCCGUCGGUUUACCGAGUUCAUGUUCCGAGAGAAGAUUGGUCGCAACGGGUCUAAGCGGGCGGAAAAUACGACAGCGCACAAUUGCCUGGUAGACUGUCACUCGGAAGUCUGGAUUCAUUUCCCAGUCCUCGCUGCGGUGCAACAGGAGACUAUUUCCUCUGCCAGUCCUCGGAGCCAGAGAAGUCUGGUCUUCGUUACCGACCGUGACUUGCACAUGUUUGCGCAGCAUUUCUCCAAUAUGAUCUACACUUUCAGGCGCACAAGUAAGAAGCCUACUGGUGAUGUCCUCAAAUCUAUCAAGGUGUCUGCUGUCGCGUUUCCUGUCUUUGUACAGGAGCUAUGCAAGACCGCACCGUGGAACGUUUCGCAACACAGGGCAGGCGAAUGGAUCGGCAAUUGCUUGUGUUUGAUCCCCAUUCACAUCGCAUUGACACAAGAAAAUUGUUUUAUCCCGCUCAAAGAUGGCGUAUAUUCCACUGAGUUAGAAAGAUCACUUUCAGGUGCCGAGGUGAACCGCAUUGUAGAAAGUAUCUCCUUCGGGUGGUACGAGUCGCUCUUUCAGUCCUACAUGGCCACCAAGCCCGUUCGAGUGGUGUCAUCCAUGGGAGAACAAUCUGUUGGGAAGAGCUAUGCUCUCAAUCAUUUCGUGGACACGUCUUUUGUGGGAUCAGCGAUGCGUAGAACUGAAGGUGUCUGGAUGUCUGUCACGCCAACAGAGAAGGAGCUCAUUGUAGCUCUAAAUUUCGAUGGUGUUCACAGCAUCGAACGAUCGGCUCAAGAAGACGCACUACUCGUUCUUUUUAACACUGCAAUCUCGAAUCUGGUCCUUUUCCGCAAUAACUUCGCUCUCAGCCGUGAUAUCGCAGGCUUAUUCCAGUCCUUCCAGUCUAGUGCUACUGUUCUAGACCCUGCAGUAAAUCCGUCACUAUUCCAAUCGACUCUGGUCAUUAUUAUCAAGGAUGUUGCUGAGGCGGAUAGGUCGGAAAUAGCUAGAGAAUUCACUCUGAAGUUCGAACGAAUUGUGCAAGACGAGCAAGAGACGAACUUCAUCACUCGACUUCAUGCAGGAAAACUGGCGAUCAUUCCUUGGCCUGUCAUCGAAUCUGAGGAAUUCUACGAACUAUUUCCAACAUUAAAGCGGCGCUUGGAUCAGCAAGUCGUAACGCACCAUGCCGCUGGUGAAUUCCUCCACAAGGUGAAAACGUUGAUGGCGAAGCUCAAGGCCAAUGAUUGGGGGCCGAUAUCGCAGGCGAUGGCAUCUCGUCGGGCUCAACUCUUGUCGUCGUUGCUUCCAAACGCGUUGUCUUUUGGCUUCCAGGAGGUCCAUCCUGACCGAGAGCCACUGAAGAACCUUGACACUAACAUGCCUGUGGAGAUGCCUGACACUGAAUCACACCUACUCCUUACAGUUGGAAUGGCUCCGAAGUCAGAGAUUCGUGAAAAAGCACUGUCAAGUCUUCAGAAUUCCUGGGAACGUUAUUUCGACCGUCAACACAAACCUGAUUCAGAGUGGGUGGAGACCCUCUCCCAAUACCUCGAGGGAAUCGUUAAGAUACGAAUCGAUCAUGUGCAAGAAUGGCUUUCGCAGAAUUUGGCGCGUUUCCAGACGGGCCACUCAAGCAUCGAGGAACUUCGACGGAACUUUGACGGUGCCACUAUCGAUCUGAAGAGCAAUGUACAGCUUUGCAACAUCAGUAAAGCUAAGCGUUCAAAAACCUGGUUGCGAUGCGCGAACUGUCAAUUGUCGUGCAUUCAGAGUCGCCUCCACAACGGCCCUCAUUCUUGUCAAACCAACCACCUCUGCAUUUGUCAGUGUGAUUUUUGUCGAGAAACUAGUGGCGAACUCCGGGAGUGUGGCAUGGUCGCUGGACAUGCAGGAAAUCAUAUAUGUGUCGUCGCUACUCACAUGUGUGGCAAACCUUGCAAGCUUGAAGGCAGGUCCGGAUGCCUUCACGAAUGUAUUAAAGUUAUUGAUCACGGUGAUGAACAUCUCUGCGCCGCCACAGGGCAUGCUUGCGGAAAGGCGAGUCCCUUGCUUUGGUGGUAUGAACAUCCAUGUGGUUUAUCGGGUCUUAAACUUGCUGACGGAUCGGAUUAUUCGUGCCCCGGUUUCUGCAGAAUCCCAAGUGAUAUCGAUCAUUUUUGUCAUGAAUGUGAAGAUCGUUUCUGCCCAGUCACCUGUCAGCUCUGCAAGCGGCGAUGUUCUGAUCAAGAUCAUAUGCAUGGUUUAGAAGAUGGGGUGGUUCACCUUUGCGGACGAGAGCAUCUCUGCACGGCUAUGUGUUCUGCGCAGGGCAUAUGUGAAAUCGAAACGGCACCGCAUUCGAUCGAAGCAACUUUCACGGGAAGGCACGAAAAUUUCCAAUAUAAGAAGGUAGGCAACUCAACACUGGCAAAGCGACUGAAAUGUGUCAAACUAGUUCCACCCGGCACAGCGAGACACGAGGGUUCUCAUAAUCACAGUCUCGGUAAGCAAGUUAUUCACUUCUGCGAAGCCAGGUGCGAAAAUUGCGGGUAUUUCUGCACAUUACCGCUUGGUCACCCUCAACAAGAGCAUGAAACACGCCACGGUUCUAUUUCCCGCACACGAUGGACUGUAGAUGGACCUGAUGAUGCAGCAGUGCUCGAAAUUGAAGGAAGAAGGUCCUCCACCAACGAUGAGGGGGCUCCAAUGAUGUGCAAUCUUGUGUGCCAGGCAAUGGGUCGUCACGUGCACAUUAACUACUGUCGUUCUUACGAGCAGGCUGACUGCGUUGGCAAUGACCAGAUUCAGCACAUCAUGAAGCGCCUGCUACCUAACCCUGACCGGCCAAAGGACUACAUUACCCACAACUUUUUCUGGAAAAGAAGUGGUUUCAAGGAUCCGUACUCGAAAGAAGAGCAAGCGGUAUUUGCAAAAUGCGAUGCUAUGUGCAGUGGCUCGGAACACGCCGGCGAUGUUGGGAAUCUGCCUCAACCCUCCUAUUGCACAUUGCCGAUGUUCCAUGCACCAGCAGAUACGAAUGCUGGAGCGCCGGUUAUGGGAUACAUAUCCAACGAUGGGCAUCAUUUUGCUUGUCGUAAUCCUGUCGUUACGCAGUAA